AUGGGCUGUGCCCCUAAUGCUUCACAUUCUCCAGUCUUCUUACUUCUUGGGUUCUCAAGAGAUAGAGUCCCCCGCAUUGUCCUCUUUCUCUUGUUCCUGGCUAUCUACCUGACCACCAUGGUAGGGAACGUGACCCUAGUGCUGCUCAUCUCCCAGGACUCCAGACUCCAUUCACCUAUGUACUAUCUGCUCCGUGGUCUCUCCGUGAUAGACAUGGGGCUGUCCACAGUCAUCCUGCCCCAGUUGCUGGCCCAUCUGGUCAGUCAUGACCCAGCCAUUCCUGCUGCCCGCUGCCUGGCCCAGUUCUUCUUCUUCUAUGCAUUUGGAGUUACAGACACCCUUGUCAUUUCUGUCAUGGCUCUGGAUCGCUAUGUGGCCAUCUGUGACCCUCUGCACUACCAUUUGGUGAUGAAUCGCCAACUCUGUGCCCGCUCACUGGCUUUUUGCUGGGUGGUGUCCGUGGUUCACACCAUGCUGCAUGUGGGACUCCUCUUGCCUCUCUACUGGGCUGGGGAUGCCGAGGGCAACGUUCACCUUCCCCACUUUUUCUGUGACCACCGACCACUUCUGCGAGCCUCUUGCUCUGACAUCCAUCCCAAUGAGCUGGCCAUAUUCUUGGAGGGGGGCUUCCUCAUGCUGGGUCCCUGUGCCCUCAUCGUACUCUCCUAUGUCCGCAUUGGGACCACAAUCCUACGCUUGCCCUCAGCGGCUGGUCGCCACCAUGCAGUCUCAACCUGUGGAUCCCAUCUCACCAUGGUUGGCUUUUUGUAUGGCACCAUCAUUUGGGUCUACUUCCAGCCUCCUUCCCAGAACUCUCGGGAUCAGGACAUGGUGGCUGCCGUGAUGUACACGGCCAUUACACCUUUGGCCAACCCUUUCGUGUACAGCCUGCGCAACAAAGAUGUCAAGCUUGCACUCCAUAGGCUGCUUCGAGGAGGGAGGACGGGCUCCUGA